GCCCAUAACAUCGGCACCAGAGCCCCUCCCCCUCAGCCCUUCCCGGCAUGCACCGCGGGCCCUGACAGGCCGAUCCAAGAUGGCGUAGAAAGUAAUGACAGGAUUCCUGUCUCUAAGUCAUGGCAGACAGAAGAUUGGAGAAUUUCUGUGAACAAGCAUGUGAAUCCCUCAGGCGGCAGGAGUAUGAAGCGGUGGUGUCUCUGUGCUCUGAGCCCCUGCGGGCCCUGGGCCCCUGCAAAGCUGCUCCCACCAACCCACCCACCCAGCCGGAACUCAGCCGGAUCCAGACUGAGAGCCUUCUGUACAGAAUCGCCUCCUUCCUGCAGCUGAAAAACUAUGAUCAAGCAGAUGAAGACUGCAGGCAUGUUCUGGGGCCAGGUCGCACCCGGCUGGAUAGCUCGGUUCAUGCAGUGCUGUGCUCUUUGCACCUGGAAGGGAAGCUGCAGGCUGUGUCUAGUGUUCUGUCCAAAUGCCUGGCAGGAGAGACUCUGAAUGGAUUGGUAACCAAGGACCUGACUCGGCUGAAAAUCCUCCUGGCUGAAAUUGAGACUGUCAGUAACACAGUCCGGUCCAGUUACCAUGGUGAUGAUCUGGAAGAUGGUACAAACUGCAGCUUUACUAUCUAUGAUGGGGGGUCUCACGACGGAUGGCAGUUUCGCCCCCCUCCCCGUGGCGUUACGAGCAGCGAGGAAUACACACUAUGUAAGAGGUUCCUGGAGCAGGGGAUUUGCAGGUACGGAGCACAGUGCACUUCCGCGCACUCCCAGGAAGAGCUGGAGGAAUGGCAGAAACGCUACGCUUCGCGCCUCAUCCGACUCAAGCAGCAGAAGGAAAACACCCAGUUUUCUGGCAGCUACAUGGAAAGCUUGAUAGAGAAAUGGAUGAACUCCUUGUCGCCAGAGAAAGUGCUCAGCGAGUGUGCGGAUGGAGUCCACGUGGAGUACAGCCCCGACCUUUCUGUCACUGUCACCACCAAAAAAUCACAUCAAACUUGGACCUUCCUUCUCACUUGUAAGCCGGCACGACCCCUCCAGCGGGUGGCGCUCCUCUACGACGCACACAGACCUCAUUUCAGUAUCGUUGCAAUAGCUGCCGGAGACAGCAACUCUCAAGUAUCCCAGGAAGUCCCGGAAAGCUGCCAGGAAUGGGUAGGAGGAAACAUGGCACAGAACGGCAUGGACCACUGCAUAUACAAAGUAGUCAUAGCGUUUACUACCGAGAUCUUUGGAACUUUCCGGCAAACGGUUGUGUUCGACUUUGGUGCAGAGCCGGUUCUUAUGCAGAGAAUAAUGGUAGAUGCCGCAUCCACUGAAGACCUCGAAUACUUGAUGCACGCUCGGCAGCAGCUGCUAACAACCGCCAAGCGCUGGGAUUCCAUGUCCAAGACCAUUGUCGAGUUUGAACCCAAUGAAACUACUGAAAUGGAAAGGAGCCUGCUCAGCCGAUACCAAAUCCCCCUCUCCGCUGACCAGCUGUUUACACAGUCUGUCCUGGACAAAUCCCUGACCAAGUGCAACUAUCAGGCUCGCUUGCAUGACUUGCUCUACAUCGAGGAGAUUGCACAGUACAAGGAGGUUAGCAAGUUCAAUAUCAAGGUGCAGCUACAGCUGGUAGCGAGCUUCAUGCUGACGGGCGUAAGUGGGGGUGCAAAAUACGCCCAGAACGGACAGCUCUUUGGACGCUUUAAACUCACUGAGACACUUUCUGAAGACACUUUGGCCGGGAGGCUGGUGAUGACCAAAGUGAACGCUGUGUAUGUUCUGCCUGUCACUAAGGAGAGGUCGGUUCAGAGCCAGGGCACCAAAGAGAAGGUUUACGAGGCGGUUAUUGAGGAGAAAACCAAGGACUAUAUCUUCCUGAGAAUAUGCAAGGACUGCUGUGACGAACUCAAGCUCAAGCCUGACCGGGAGAUGCAGGUUGAGCUUCAGUUCCAGCUGAACAGGCUGCCCCUCUGUGAAAUGCACUACGCCUUGGACAGAGUGAAGGACAACAGCAUCCUGUUUCCAGAUCUCAGCAUGACCCCGCCCAUACCAUGGAGUCCCAACAGGCAGUGGGAUGAGCUGUUGGACCCGCGACUAAACGCGAAGCAGAAGGAAGCCAUCUUGGCCAUCACUACCCCCCUCUCAGUGCAACUCCCUCCUAUCCUCAUUAUCGGGCCAUACGGGACCGGCAAAACCUUCACGCUGGCCCAGGCCGUAAAGCACAUCCUCAAACAGCAAGAGACCAGGGUUCUGAUCUGCACCCACUCCAACAGUGCUGCCGACCUCUACAUCAAGGAUUACUUGCACCCUUAUGUUGAAACAGGGAACCCCCAAGCCAGACCACUCAGGGUAUAUUUCCGAAAUCGCUGGGUGAAGACCGUCCACCCUGUGGUUCACCAGUACUGUCUGAUAUCCAGCACCCAUUCCGUCUUUCAGAUGCCCCAGAAGGAGGAUAUUCUGCAACACCGGGUGGUGGUGGUUACACUGAGCACAUCUCAGUACCUGUGCCAGCUGGAUCUAGAACCUGGGUUCUUCACACACAUCCUCUUAGAUGAAGCGGCACAAGCCAUGGAGUGUGAAACCAUUAUGCCCCUGGCAUUGGCAUCCAAAAGUACAAGAAUUGUCCUGGCCGGAGACCACAUGCAGCUCAGCCCCUUUGUCUACAGCGAGUUUGCCAGAGAGAGGAACCUGCACGUCUCAUUACUUGAUCGUCUCUAUGAACUGUACCCUGUAGACUUUCCCUGCCGCAUUCUGCUGUGUGAGAAUUACCGCUCCCAUGAAGCCAUCAUUAAUUAUACCUCCGAGCUGUUCUACGAGGGCAAACUGAUGGCCAGUGGCAAGCAACCGGCUCACAAAGACUUCUACCCCCUCACCUUCUUCACAGCACGUGGGGAGGAUGUACAGGAGAAGAACAGCACUGCUUUCUACAAUAACGCAGAGGUCUUUGAAGUGGUGGAACGCGUGGAGGAGCUACGGAGGAAAUGGCCGGUGGCCUGGGGCAAGUUGGACGAGGGCAGCAUUGGAGUGGUAACGCCAUACGCCGACCAAGUAUUCAGGAUUCGUGCAGAGCUGCGGAAAAAACGUCUGUCGGAAAUCAGCGUGGAAAGAGUGUUGAAUGUUCAGGGGAAACAGUUCCGGGUCCUGUUCCUCAGCACGGUGCGAACGCGCCACACUUGCAAACACAAACAGACUCCAAUCAAACGGAAGGAGCAGCUUCUGGAAGAUUCCACUGAGGAUUUGGACUACGGCUUCCUCUCCAAUUAUAAGCUGCUCAACACCGCCAUUACCCGAGCCCAGUCCCUGGUGGCUGUAGUAGGAGAUCCCAUUGCUUUGUGCUCUAUUGGAAGGUGCAGGAAGUUCUGGGAGCAGUUCAUCAGCAUUUGCCAUGAAAACAAAAGCCUUCACGGCAUUACCUUCGAGCAGAUCAAAUCCCAGCUAGAGGCCUUAGAGCUGAAGAAAACCUACGUGCUGAACCCGCUGGCUCCCGAGUUUAUUCCCCGUGCCCUCCGACAGCAGCACUCAGGAAACCCUUCCAAGCAGCAGCAGCAGCAGUCCCCCCCAAAGUGUAAGGGGCACCACAAUCAGAACGAUCACUUUCCAGGAGAUGGACUGGUUCAACAGAACCCCUCUGUUCUGAUUGGCAAUCCUAUCCGGGCCUACACGCCGCCGCUGGGCCCACACUCUAACAUCGGCAAGUCUCCCAGCCCUGUGCAGAGAAUUGACCCACACACCGGCACCAGUAUUCUCUACGUGCCCGCUGUCUAUGGAGGGAACAUGGUCAUGUCUGUGCCUUUACCUGUCCCGUGGCCCAGUUAUCAGGGCAGGUUUUCUGUCGACCCUCGGCUUAUGACGCACACAGCAAUGGCGUAUAACAUGAACCUCCUGCAGGCACAUGGCCGCGGCUCCCCCAUCCCAUUUGGCCUCGGUCAUCAUUCUCCCGUCAACGUGGGGCCCCCACAGCAACCUCUUCAGCACCCGGACAAAGAUCAGCACGAGCAGCAUCGUAAUGGUAAAAGCGAAAGCAAUCAAGGAACGGAUCUGAACAAGCUUCGUACUCCAGAGAAAAAGCCUCUGGAACCUAAACCGGGCGACAUGGACCCAAACGCACAGAGAAGUCCAGAUUCCCGAGGAAACACCGCAUUUCUUAACCCUAAAUUUCACCGGAAAGAAAAUCCCAGUCAGAGGCACCUGAAUGUGCACCUUGCCCCCCCACAGCCGCAGUUCCCCCUGCCCAGCCGGCACUACCAGCACCUCUCCCAGCUCCAGCGCCCCCCGUUUUCCAUACAGCAGCAGAACGUGCUCACCCAGCAACAGAACCAUUUAUCAGAACUACAAAACCAAAUACCUCCGCAACCGGGCCAGCUUGUCCCACAGCUUAACCAUCUAACUCAGCCGCCGGCGCCGCAGGGCUCGCAGCUUUCUCCCGCCUUCCCUCCCGGAGCCAAUCACUCGUUCUUUAAUAACCCGAUGCCUGGCCGGCCGCAUUCUCCCGGCGCCGACGGAAUGAUGUCCGAACAGCCGCCUCCCCCCAUGCUUCCAGAUGUCGCCCCCCUCCGGUCGCUUCCCCAGCACAACCCCCUGCUCUCAUCACAUAUGAAUAAUUUUAUGGAAGAUGGCCCCCAAAGCAUGGGUGCUGGAGAGACGCUGGAUCGCUUACACGGCAACGUGGCCUUGGAAACGUUAAGGCAACAGCAGACACGACUCCAGCAAUGGAACGAACACAGCGCUUUCCUGACCCAAGGAAACAUCCCCUACCCCCCGCACCACCCCCACCUGCAGCAUCUCCCCCAGCAAGCGAUGGCGAUCCCCCAGCAGCCGCCGCUAGUCAGACCAAACUGGAAGAUUCCCAGUGCUGAGGAGGAGUCGGAAGCAGCUUACUCCAGGUUCCAGGAGUUCCUACGAGAGCUGUCUCAUCACGAUCCCAGCGAAGGCAGAGACCUAUCGGAAAUGCCGCCCCCCCAAUCCAGACUGUUACAGUACAGGCAGGUCCAGGCCAGAAGCCCACCAGCACUAUCAUCCCCUUCCUCGAGCCAUGGCGCCCAGUACCCCAACUUCAGUGAGAACAGCCGAGACAUGGAGAUGAGCAACCCCCCAGCCUUUGCCCAGCACAUGGGGCACAUUUACCCCUUGCCCCCGGGACACACGACUCCCCCACCCCUCAAAUACCUACAGCACGACGGCUCAUGGACCUAUGCUAGCCUUGCGCAGAACCCCUUAAUGGGGCAGGGCUUUCAUUAUGGGAUGCCCCCACUUCCGCACAGACCCCAACAGAACCCGUUCAUGCACCAGUUGCACCAGAACCAUCCACAGCCGCCAGCUGGUCAGGAACCAUUUCAUCCGCCUGCGUCUCGGGCAGUGUCCACCUCUUCACUCCACACCCUAGAAGAGUAUGAACCCAGAGGACCCGGGAGGCCGUUGUACCAAAGAAGAAUAUCUGUGAGCUCCGCACACACCGGUUCUGAUGAUUUAGGGAUGUGCCAGGAGAGCCUUGGGCAGCGGAAGGAUCUGGAAGAGCAGAACCCCCAAGCCCCAUUCAGCUACUCGUCCCCAGAAAUGUGGAUCAGUGGCGCCCCCUCUGUGCCCUACCAGAACAUUCCGUGCAAUGGAUCCAGCAGAACAGCGCCACCCAGGGACAUGUUAGUUGUGCCCCCAAAAAUGGUGAAGCCCCCGGAGGAGCAGCUGAAGGCGGAGAACAUGCAGCCCCUCCCCGCCUCCUUCAACUACAAUGUCCUGCAGCACCUGGGCCAGUUCCCGCCGCUCAUGCCCAACAAGCAGAUUGUAGAGCCCAACGGCGCUGCCGCCAUGCAGCAAAGCGUCGGGGGCAACAAGCCCACCAUGUCUUACGCCAGCGCCCUGCGCGCCCCCCCCAGGCCCAAGCCCCCCCCAGAGCAGGCAAAAAAAAAUAGCGACCCUUUGUCUUUGUUUCAGGAGCUGAGCCUGGGCAGUUCGGCGGGAAAUAACGGCUUUUACUCCUAUUUUAAAUAAACGCCCCCUCGCCCCCCCCCCCCCAUGGUUUUUAUAAUGCGACCCCCCCCCCCCCCCAAUACACUUUUUUUUUUCUUUUUGUAGAAAAAACUUCUCGUUUUAGCUUUUUGGUUGAUGUUGAUGAGUUAAAUAGGCUCCGCCUUACCCUUCAGCCAUUUUUAUUUUCUCUCUGUAUGCGUGUGAAGAAACACGUGUGUGCGUGUGCGUAUAACUCCGCGGGGAGAGAACAAUACACACGUUUUGGCUGUGUGACCUUGGGACUCCGCCCACUGCGCCUAAUUGCACCUCCCCCCAGGUGCCCCCUGGGUAAGAUAAAUACUGCCCCGGCUCAAUCAUGUUCCUGAUCAUUGGUGCUGCGGCGCAGUGGGCGGGGUCACGGUGCCUGUGUGGAUAUACGUGGGGCGCACACGCGUGUAUUUAUAUGUGAGGAUUCACCCAAUCAAAUUCAUCGCUUUGCUGCUAAAUCUGCGUCUUGUAAGAAACAAAAAAAACAAAAAAAAUUGCAGACGUUUCGGGGUAGAAAAGUCUCGUUCUGCGAGCCCCUCGCUUUUAUGUCGGAGAACAAUUUUUAUUUCCUAAGUGUCAUAAAUCUCGCGUGACUUUAGGCGCCGGGAAUUCCUCGGGCUCCGCGGGGAAAAAAACGCACAAAAAAAAAAAAAAAAAGGCAGAAUUUUCUUUUGUCGGUUCUUUUAAAAAAAUUAUAAAAAAAAAAAAAAGAAAUAAAAAAUAGUCGCCUUUCCCUUUGUUCCGUAAUAUUGUUGGCGCCGCGUGGGGGUCCCUGUGCCAGGCCCCGCCCCUUUGCAGCUUUCUCUCGCUUUUAACCCUUUCCCGCCUUCUUUUUUUUUCUUUUUCUGUUUUUAAUGAAAACGCAGCAGUUUUAAACAUUUUACUGUCCCUUCCCCGAUUGGCUGCUCCCCGCGCCCAUUGCUUCUCCAGACUUUAUACGGCAGGGGGCCAAGGGGCGGAGUCGUCUUAUUGGUGCAAUUACUGAAAAUAAAAUAUAGAAAAAAAAAAUGAAGUUUUUAAAGUGCCGUUUUAUUGUAAAAUGCGACCAAUUUUAACCCAUAAACUGCCCAGAUGCAAAGUCCCUGUCGGCGCCACCAGGGGGCGGAGCAGCAAGGAAGUCGCCAGGACAUUGUUGUUUCCAUUUAGUUUCCCAUUUCCCAAAUAGCGAGAGAAAUCGGCGAAACGGCGACUUUCCAUUUAAAGGGGAAGCGCAGAGAGGAGCCGCCGA